AUGCGCCGGCCCCUGCGACCAGGGGCAGGCAGCCAGGUGCUGCUUGCUGCUCCGUUCUCUGCAAAGCCUCAACCCCCGAGGCUUCCCCGAGCCUACGUAGGCUGGAUUCUCUUCCUUCCAAAUCAAAACAACAACAGAAAGUCACGGGGUGGAACUGAAAAGGCCUUGAAGGGGCCCGUGGGUGUCUUCGGACCGCAGCGUCAGGGAGUCCUGGUCCCCGAGCCCGGGUCAGAGCCCAAGGACCAUCCGCCCAGACCUCCCAUACCCUUCGACCCCUCCAGACUCCCUCGACCGCCCUCGACUCCCGGCCCCUGCGACCCUGCCGACCCCGACCCCCAACCUCCCGGCCCCCUUCGAAACCUCCGGCCUCCCUUGACUCCCCAGCCCCCGACCUCCCCGACCCGCCGCCACACUCCAGCACGCGGGACGCGCCGACCCGCAAGACCCCGAGUCCGCAGGCAGCGGCGUUACCUGCGGCGAGACGGUCCGUCCGGCCCGCCGCAGCGACGCGCAGGGUCAGGCGCUAGGACUCGGCGGGCUCCACGGCAGCCCGCCGCCCCCACCGCCACCACACCACCGCCGCCAACGCCGCCGCCGCUGCAACCCGGAGGAGGGGCGGGGCCCGGACCCGCGGCUGGGGAAGCCCGACCGUCGCGGCCCCGGGAGUCGUCGGGAACCCAGGCAUGCGCAGAGCAGGGGGCGCGAGAACUGCUCCAGGAGGACGCCGGAGUCAACAAGGCUUCAGGGACGCCCCCAUCCGGCUCCGCCCCUCCCCACCACAGGGAUUGCUCCGCCCCCACGCCCAAACAACGCGAGCUCUUGAGGAGACUUGGGGACGGCCCCGGUCGAGAGAGAUCCCGCGAGAACAGGGCAUCGCCCUCCUCGCCCCCUUCCUAG